GCUUGUGACAUUUGUGAAGCAAUAAAAAGCCUUGAAACUUAUGAUGCUGAGAAACCAAAAAAGAUUUUAUUACACGAGGCGGCGCAAACAGGUUUAGUAGAUCUUUUAGAGGCUCUGAUAGAAAGUAAAAUAAAUAUGAUUAAUGUUGUUGAUGAAAGAGGGUGGUCUCCUCUUCAUUAUGCUGCAUAUGAAAAAGUUGCCAAUCUUUUAAUAAAACGAGGAGCCGAUAUUGAAGCCAAAGAUAUGUAUGGAGAAGCACCUUUGCACUGGGCUGUGAGGCAAGAAAAUAUUGGGGUUGUCGAGCUUCUAAUAAAAGAAGGUGCUGAUGUUGAAGCUAAAGGUUAUCAUAAUGAAACUCCCCUAUUUUCAGCUAGAAGCAAGAAAGUUUUCGAACUUUUAAUUGCCAAAGGCGCUAAUAUAAAUGCUAAAAAUAGCAAAGGCUAUACACCUCUUCACAGUGCUCUUAUGAAUGAAAGGGAUGAGGUUACCGAGCUUUUAAUAAGAGAAGGUGCUGAUGUUGAAGCUAAAGGUUAUCAUAAUGAAACUCCCCUAUUUACAUCUAAAAGUAAGAAAGCAUUCGAACUUUUAAUUACAAAAGGCGCUGAUAUAAAUGCUAAAAGUAGUGAAGGUUAUACACCUCUGCACUGCGCUGUUAUGAAGGGAAGGGAUGAGAUUGUCGAGCUUUUAAUAAAACAAGGUGCGGAUGUUGAAGCUAAAUGUCAUCAUAAUGAAACUCCCCUAUUUUCAGCUAGAAGCAAGAAAGUUUUCGAACUUUUAAUUGCAAAAGGCGCUAAUAUAAAUGCUAAAAGUAGCGAAGGUUAUACACCUCUGCACAGAGCUCUUAUGAAUGAAAGGGAUGAGGUUGUCGAACUUUUAAUAAAAGAAGGUGCGGAUGUUGAAGCUAAAUGUCAUCAUGAUGAAACUCCUCUAUUUUCAGCUGGAAGCAAGAAAGCAUUCGAACAUUUAAUUGCAAAAGGCGCUAAUAUAAACGCUAAAAGUAGCGAAGGUUAUACACCUCUGCAUAAUGCUCUUAUGAAAAGAAGGGAUGAGGUUGUCGACCUUUUAGUAAAAGAAGGCGCUGAUUUUGAAGCUAAAGAUUACCGUGAUGAAACACCUUUGUUUAAAGCUAGUACCAAGAAAAUGUUUGAGCUCUUAAUUGAAAAAGGCGCUAAUAUAAAUGCUGGAAAUAAUAUAGGUAAAACACUUCUGCACAGUGCUGUUCUGAGCGAAGAGGACGAGAUUGUCGAGCUUUUAUUAAAAAAGGGAGCUGAUGUUGAAGCCAAAGAUUGCUUUGGUUCAACUCCUCUAUUUGCAGCUAGAAGUAAGAAAGUAUUUGAACUUUUAACUGCAAAGGGUGCUAAUAUAAACGUUAAAUGUAGCAAUGGGCUUACGCUUCUGCAUUACGCUCUUUUGAUCGAUAAUGAAGAAGUUUCCGAGCUUUUAAUCAAAAACGGCGCUGAUGUUGAUGCUAAAGGUCCUGAUGAUGUAACACCUUUGUUUGUCGCUGGAAGCAAAAAAAUUUCCGAGCUUUUAAUUGCUAAUGGCGCCAACAUAAAUGCUAAAAGUCGGAAUGGUUUUACACCUCUGCACGCUGCUGUUAUGAAUGAAGAGUAUGAGGUUGCCGAUUUUUUAAUAAAAGAAGGCGUUGAUGUUGAUGCCAAAGAUUCUCAUGAUGAAACGCCGCUGUUUUUAGCUGGUAGUAAGAAGGUAUUCGAGCUUUUAGUUGCAAGAGGCGCUGAUAUAAAUGCUAAAAGUAGUGAAGGAUAUACACCUAUGCACACAGCUGUUAUAAACAAUAAGGAGGAGGUUGUUGAGCUUUUAAUAAAGGAAGGUGCUAAUGUCAGUGCUAAAGAUAACCUUGGUAGAGCACCUCUAUUUUAUGCUAAUAGUAAAACGGUCCUGGAGUUCUUAAUUGCAAAUGGUGCCGAUAAAGUUACGGGUAUGCAGCUCUUAAUUGGGCUCUAAUGAAGAAAACGCAUGAAAUUGUGUUGCCAUCUAUAAGAAAAGGCGUUCAAGUUGAAGAUCGAAAUAGCUAGAAUGAUACAAGAAAGCAAAUAUCUGCUCAAUAUGGUUCCCAGGAGAGAAUUGUUUAAUACUUCAUAAGAACAUAUUCCUCUUAAAUUACUUAUACAGUUGUGAGGGCCAGAAACGAAUGCGUUUAGGCUAUUACUCGUGGAGUUGACGUGGGAAUUAACUUUUCUACAUCCUUUAUCAGUCUUUAUUUUUAUAGAUUUAAGCGGGUUUUGCCAAUAUUAAAAAUUACAUCUUCUGCACAAUUAUAGAUACGAUUCUUCAUUUUCUAUUUCAUAUGACUUUUGAAUAAACAAAUGAUUGAAUUAGAACUAAUUAAAGACAUGUUGGCAAAUUCCUUAUUACAGUGCCUUAUGAAAUAAGAAAGAAAACUGCUAUGCCUUUAAUAUCUCAAAGUUUUAAUGUUGAGUGUUUAAUUAACUUCAACCAUUCUACUCAAACUUUGCUGUCACUAAAGGUUUUAAAAAGCUGUUUAUAUUUUUUACAAUUUUGUUAAACUAAUGAAAUUGUUUUUGUUACCAUUAAAUACUUAGAUCAAAACACCUCUUUGCACUAUACAACUACUAUUAGGAAUAAAAACAUUUUGGAUCA